AUGGCUGCCGCGUUGCCACGUCGCUUCUUUCUUUCACCACCACCACCACCAUUCACCCCACCAUCUCAGGCCACGACCGCCCGCGACAACGACGUCGACAACGCCGACAACGACGCCGACAAUGAUGCUGACAACGACGCCGACAACGAUGCCGACAACGACGACAACGAUGCUGGCGACGACGCCAACAACGACGACCACGGAUGGGUGGGAACAAUGGCGAGCGGAAAGCCCAGGUGCCACGUGGUGACGUGGCAGAUCCACCACCACACCACGCCGACGUCAACGACACCCACGACCAAGGAUGACCGCCCACGAAGACAACACGACCGCCCACACAGACGACACGAAGACGACGCGACGACACGAAGACGACGCGACCACCCACGAAGACGAUGCGAACGCCCACGAAGACGACACGACGACACGAAGACGACACGACGACGCGACGACGACGCGACCGCCCACGAAGAUGAUGCAACUGCCCACGAAGACGACGCGAUGAUACGAAGACGACGCGAUGACAUGAAGACGAUGCGACCGCCCACGCCACAACUGCCCACACCAAAACGAGCCCACCGCCCACAAACGUGGACCCAGAGCACCCAUGCAUGGAGGAUUCCGCUUGCGUGA